ACAGACAGCUUCUCCCCACCAGGGCCCGUCAAAGUGAAAGUGGAGGCUAUUGUUAUCUCGGAUGAGGAGCCGGAUGUGGCCGAGCCACGGAGCCUGGAGAGCCUCUUCCCACGCGAGACGGGCCCAGGCGGGGGCUGCGGGCGCCAUGCUGAGGCCUUCGAGGAGCCGGCGGGGCUAGAGGAGGCAUCACCUGAAGCCGGCUUCCUGGCACCGGAGACACUGCCGCCGUACCACAUGAUGUCAGUGCCGGGCAGUCAGGCCUACCCUGGGCUGGUGACGCCGCCCCUGGCAGAGCCCAUGUACCUGCCCGAGUACGAGGCGCACAGCGGUUUUGGGCUGUUUGCUGAGGAUGUGCCAACUUGCAAGACCUGUGGCAAGACCUUCUCGUGCUCCUACACGCUGCGGCGCCACGCCACCGUGCACACCCGCGAGCGCCCCUAUGAGUGCCGCUACUGCCUGCGCAGCUACACGCAGUCCGGGGACCUCUACCGCCACAUUCGCAAGGCCCACAACGAGGACCUGGCUGCCAAGCGCUGCAAACAGGACCUGGACAACCCCUCCUAGGGCCGGGCCAGAGUCCCCCGCUGCGGGGGG